GAGAGAGAUAGAUAGAGUACUCCGUGCUGAUCGAGCCUGCAAUGUGACUGUACAGAGAGACAGAGACUCGCGCUCCGCGUUCUGGAAUAUAACCAGCAGCAGGAAACCCUCCCCAAACCUUCCCCAACACCAGCCCGGGCAGGAUCCAAAAUUAUGAUUCCCAUUCUCAUCCUCUGCCUGCUGUCUGCAGUCGGUGCUGUGGAAGAAACCCUGCUGGAUACUCGAAUAGCCACAGCAGAACUGGGCUGGACAGCAUAUCCUUCAUCAGGGUGGGAAGAGGUGAGCGGUUAUGAUGAAAACCUCAAUACCAUCCGCACCUACCAGGUCUGCAAUGUCUUUGAGUCCAACCAAAACAACUGGCUGUGGACCACUUUCAUAAACCGUAAAGGUGCCCAUCGCAUCUACGUGGAGAUGAGGUUCACUGUGCGAGACUGCAGCAGCAUACCCAAUGUCCCGGGAUCCUGUAAAGAAACCUUCAACCUGUACUAUUACGAGACUGACUCGGGCCUGACUGUGCAAGGUGCGGCACUGUGGACCGAAAUGCCGUACCUCAAAGUGGACACCAUCGCUGCGGAUGAGAGCUUCUCCCAAGUGGACUUUGGCGGCAGGCUGAUGAAGGUCAACACCGAGAUCCGCAGCUUUGGCCCGCUGAGCAAGAAUGGCUUUUACCUGGCCUUUCAGGACUAUGGCGCCUGCAUGUCUCUUCUCUCCGUCCGGGUCUUCUUCAAGAAAUGCCCGAGCGUCAUCCAGAAUUACGCCACCUUCGCUGAGACCAUGACAGGCACAGAGAGCACCUCACUGGUCAUUGCUAAGGGCACCUGUGUGCAGAAUGCCGAGGAGGUUGACGUGCCCAUCAAGCUGUACUGCAACGGCGACGGAGAAUGGAUGGUGCCAAUUGGGAGCUGCACCUGCAAGGCGGGCUAUGAGCCAGAAAAGGCGAUGGCAUGUAAAGCUUGUCAUUCUGGAACGUUUAAGGCCACUCAGGGCGGUGAGCAGUGCACCCCUUGCCCUGCCAACAGCAGGUCUUUAAGUGAGGCAUCCAGCAUUUGCACCUGUCGCAACGGAUACCACAGAGCAGACUUUGACUCACCCAAGAUGCCGUGCACAAGUGUUCCAUCAGGCCCACGCAACGUGAUAUCCAGUGUGAAUGAGACCUCCAUCAUUCUGGAGUGGAAUCCGCCAAGGGACGUUGGGGGCCGCGACGAUGUCAUGUACAACAUUGUCUGUAAGAAGUGCCAUAGCAACCGGCGGUUGUGCACCCGAUGUGAUGAGAACGUGGAGUUUGUGCCAAGGCAGUUCGGCCUGACAGAAACCCGAGUGUUUAUCAGCAGCCUUUGGGCGCAUACUCCCUACACGUUUGAGAUUCAGGCUGUCAACGGAGUCUCUGGCAAGACGAGAUUCCCCCCGCAGCACGUGUCUGUCAACGUGACCACCAACCAGGCCGCUCCCUCUACGGUUCCCAUUAUGCACCAGGUGAGCUCCACAAUGAGCAGCAUCACGUUGUCCUGGCCACAACCUGAUCAACCAAAUGGGAUCAUCCUUGACUACGAACUGCGUUAUUAUGAGAAGGAUCAGAAUGAGUACAAUUCUUCAGUGGUGAAGAGCCUGACAAACACAGCUCGAAUCGAUGGCCUGCGACCUGGCAUUGUGUACGUGGUACAGGUGCGAGCCAGAACCGUGGCUGGUUUCGGAAAGUACAGCGGCAAAAUGUGCUUCCAAACGCUGACAGAUGAUGACUAUAACUCUGAGCUGAGGGAGCAGUUGCCGCUGAUUGCAGGAUCAGCAGCUGCGGGAGUGGUCUUCAUUGUCUCGCUGGUGGCUGUCUCCAUCGUCUGCAGCAGGAAACGAGCCUAUGGAAAAGAAGCAGCAUACAGUGAUAAUCUUCAGCAUUACAGCACAGGGCGAGGUGAGUCUGCUCAAGGUUCUCCCGGGAUGAAGAUUUAUAUUGAUCCGUUCACUUAUGAGGACCCAAAUGAGGCCGUCAGGGAGUUUGCCAAGGAGAUUGAUGUCUCUUGUGUGAAAAUUGAGGAAGUAAUUGGAGCAGGAGAAUUUGGGGAAGUCUACAAGGGUCGUCUCAAGUUACCCGCGAAACGGGAAAUCUAUGCAGCGAUUAAGACCCUGAAGGCCGGCUACUCUGAGAAGCAGCGGCGAGACUUUCUGAGUGAGGCCAGUAUCAUGGGUCAGUUUGACCAUCCCAACAUUAUCCGUUUGGAAGGGGUGGUCACCAAAAGUCGUCCAGUGAUGAUCAUUACGGAGUUCAUGGAGAAUGGAGCUCUGGAUUCAUUCCUGAGGCAAAACGAUGGGCAGUUCACAGUCAUCCAGCUGGUGGGAAUGAUGCGGGGCAUUGCGGCUGGGAUGAAAUACCUGUCUGAGAUGAACUACGUCCACCGUGACCUGGCUGCACGCAACAUCCUGGUCAACAGCAACCUGGUGUGCAAGGUGUCAGACUUUGGUCUCUCACGUUACCUACAGGAUGACACCUCAGACCCCACCUACACCAGCUCUCUGGGUGGAAAGAUCCCUGUGCGAUGGACUGCACCAGAAGCAAUUGCGUAUCGGAAGUUCACUUCAGCCAGUGAUGUAUGGAGUUAUGGAAUUGUCAUGUGGGAAGUGAUGUCAUUCGGAGAGAGGCCUUACUGGGACAUGUCAAACCAAGACGUAAUCAAUGCCAUUGAGCAGGAUUAUCGUCUGCCACCGCCCAUGGACUGCCCAGCUGCCUUGCACCAGCUCAUGUUAGACUGUUGGCAGAAAGACCGAAACUCCAGACCCAAGUUCGCCCAGACCGUCAACACUCUCGACAAAAUGAUCCGGAAUCCUACCAGCCUGAAGACCAUGGCCACCAUCACCGCAGUGCCUUCACAGCCUCUGUUGGACCGCAGUGUACCUGACUUUACUGCUUUCACCUCAGUAGAAGAUUGGCUCAGUGCAAUCAAGAUGAGUCAGUACAGAGAGAAUUUCCUCAACUCUGGAUUCACAUCUCUGCAGCUGUGCAUGCAGAUGACUUCUGAGGAUUUGCUGAGGAUAGGGGUCACUUUGGCUGGUCACCAGAAGAAAAUACUGAACAGUAUUCAGUCAAUGAGAGGUCAGAUCAGCCAAUCACCUUCGGCUAUGGCAUGACAACACUGGAUCUCUGGGACAUGUCUAAACAGCACUGGAGGAGCAAAGAAAGACACAGACUGUUUCUCAUGGCUCAGACUCCUCUUAUGAAGGAAACACAUCGUUACUGUCUACAAGACGAUCCUAUUGAGAAAUCAUGCAUUCCGCCUUUAAAAAUAACAGUUUCAAGAUCUAAUCGGAUAAUCUUUUUUUAAAAAGAAAAACACUUUGCCCCUUCAUGAAAUCAGGGUCUGUGAAACUAGAAUCAAAUGAACAUCCCAUUAUUCCAAAGAACAUGCUGUGAUAUUCUUUUAACGUUCGUUAGAUGCAUUUCUUUUUUCUUCGUGAGUGAUGUUCUUCAGAUGUCAGUGCCAAGAUACUACCCCCUUCCCGAAGAUGGAUUCUGAUCCUUUAUAUCUUCAUAUUGAAGAUGAUAAGACGCAAUCAUUCCUUGCUUGCAUUCUCUGCAACAGUGUCUGUGUUUUGAUAGCAAUGACUCUGAGUGCUGGCAAAACUCAAGCCAGCCGCACUUGUACAAAGAGGGAAGCAGGUAUUUAACGGAUUAGAUACACCAGGCUUGAGCUUGUGGCCGGCAAGUGUCGACGAUCAUACUUCUUAUGAAUUGUUUUGAUGAACUGUACAGAAAAGAUGUGAUUCUUUGGCAAGCGGUACAAGCAAUGCAGCCGCUGACUUUGCUUGCAGUUGACAGGAGAGGUGUCAGACAGUGAUACAAAGUACCUCUGGUGUCACGUUGCACCGCUCAUCAAUUGACUUAUUUUGGACGUUUUACUUUGUGUGUUGGUGCUUGUCUGAAUUCUAGUGAUGUCCAUUCAACCCAGUGCUCAGAACUUUGCUGCUUCAACUUGCUGGGUAAAAGUAUUGCAUCCAGUCGAAGGAUGGGGGGAGUUCAGAAAGGACCAUCCAUCCUCGGAGUGAAGACAUCAAGUGACUGGGGCGUGUACCUUUUUUUGUGUCCUUGUGAUUUUUGAGCACUUGUUGUCCCUCCUCUGGGAUGUAUCAAGUGUGCAAGCAUGUUGCAAGCAGCACUCCCUGUAGAUAUGGAAUGAAAUACUGUAAAAAUCUCUAUUUUUUUUUGCUUUCCCUGUACAUUCCCAGUUUGUUAUUUGUGUGGAGUAUGUUUCAGUUUGUAACAGUUAAGUUUUGGAAAAUGUUGUACUAAAAUGCACUCAAUAAAAUGAAUUGAACUGA